AUGGCUUUCUUGGAGGAUGGGAACCACACAUUAGUGACAGAGUUCAUUUUAUUGGGAUUAACGGAUGACAGAGUCCUCAGAGUCAUCCUCUUCACCAUCAUCCUGUGCUUCUACCUGGUGACUGUGUUUGGAAACCUCAGCACCAUCCUUCUCAUCAGAGUCUCUUCCCAGCUCCAUCACCCCAUGUACUUUUUUCUCAGUCAGUUGGCUUCUGUUGACAUGGGCCUUUCAUCUUCUGUCACACCCAAUAUGCUUGUCAACUUCCUGGUAAAGCAAAAUACCAUCUCCUACAUUGCAUGUUCUAUUCAGUUUGGCUUAGCUGCUUUCUUUGGGACAGUUGAAUGCUUUCUUCUGGCUGCCAUGGCUUAUGAUCGCUUUGUAGCAAUCUGCAACCCACUGCUUUAUUCCACAAAAAUGUCUACAGAGUCCUGUAUCCAGUUAGUCGUGGGAUCUUAUAUAGGUGGCUUUCUUAAUGCUUCUUCCUUCAUCCUUUCAUUCUUUUCUUUUAUCUUCUGUGGACCAAAUAGGAUCAAUCACUUUUACUGUGAUUUGGCUCCUUUGGUGGAACUCUCCUGUUCUGAUGUCAGUGUCUCUGUAGUUGUUACCUCAUUUUCUGCUGGUUCAGUCACUGUGAUCACAAUGUUUGUCAUAGCCAUCUCCUAUUCUUAUAUUCUCAUCACCAUCCUGAAGAUGCACUCCACUGAGGGCAGACACAAAGCCUUCUCCACCUGCACCUCCCACCUUACUGCAGUCACUCUUUAUUAUGGCACCAUUACAUUCAUUUAUGUGAUGCCCAAGUCNAGCUACUCCACAGACCAGAACAAGGUGGUGUCUGUGUUCUAUAUGGUGAUGAUCCCCAUGUUGAACCCCCUCAUCUAUAGCCUCAGGAAUAAUGAGAUUAAGGGUGCUAUCAAGAGACAGCUUGGAAAGAAAAUGUCCUGCUAG